AUGAGAAAGAAAUCCGUUGCGACUAAGCUUAUCGUGAAUCCCGAUUUAGCUAGUUCUGCCUUCUCUGCCGAACCCAAUGCAGUUGCUGACUCUAGCGCUUUUAAUGAGGCAGAAUCUGAACAUGUAAAAUCUAACCGAGAUUCGGAUGCAGUCAAUGAUCAACCGAUUUUCUCUACUGAUGCUACCGGCAACAUCGUUCUAUCUGAUGGAACUCCCGUUGUCCAACCAGCUGGUGUCGAGGAAACACAAGGUUGCUCCUUCCAAUUUGACCUUCAAGAUGGUGUUUUACCAAGAAAAUCGCUCCCUUGUACUUUUCAAGUCGGUGGUGUGGAUACCGUUAGAUGCACUAGUUGUGCUGUUCGCAUUAGUCCGUUUGCCUGUGCAAUGCAUCCUCAUCUGAGCGUUAUUGUCUGCAAGCGAUGUUUAAAAUUCUAUGGGAGGGGCGAAUUUGCUAGGGACGUGGAUGGCAAAGAUGAAAAUUGUAGGUGGUGUGGAGAUGGUGGGGACCUUAUAUGUUGUGACUCAUGUUCCAAUACCUUCUGUAAAAGCUGUAUAAAACGAAAUCUUGGCAGAUCAUUCUUACAGAACAUUGAAGAUCUGAAUGAUGAUGAUUCUUGGAAUUGCCUUAUAUGCAACCCAUCCGUCUUGGUGCCGUUACAGCAGGAGUGUCUGGAGGUGUGUUCUCCAUUGCAAUCUAGUUAUGCUUUUAAAGGAAGAGUUAUAGGUCACGUCGCUGGAAAACCAAGUCAGGACUCUUCUAAGGCAUCUAUUGCUGUCAAGGCUUCGAAUUCGUAUCCGUCUGACAUCUCUAAUACCUGUGAAUGGUACUUAAAAAAUACGAGCGUUGCGGAAAUUCUCAACCAGAUAUCAAGCAUUCAUCCUUCCAUCAUACGUCCUGUGAUCCAAUCUCUCCGUUUCUGCGUCGAAACAUUCAGCAGUGACAUCAGAAAUGUAGAGGCGACUUUAUCGCGGGCGAGAACUCCCGAGGAAGUGCAGGAGAUUGUGCGCUCUUUUCAGAACAUCUACCGGUUUCAUCUACUUGGUCGGAUCGCUAAUGUAGUUUCGCAGGUCAAUGCAGAUCUGAGGACGAAGGCUUCGACAUGCUCUUCACAGGUAGCAGAAUUGACUGAUACCAUUGAUCUAACCGACGAUCUGGAGCCCACCGUGCGGCCGACCAAUGGACAUCAUCUGCCGGAAACGAAGUUGGCUACUCCUGCAUCUGCUAGCGCUACUAGGCGAAGGCGCGGAAGUGGUGCCAAUUCAGCCUCCAGCACUUCUCCUUCAAAAAAACGGCGGAAAACCCUGGCCAACUCUGCAGUUCGAUUCAGGGUUACUUCUCCCACUCUAUUGCCUUCGGUGUCACACGAGAUGACGGGGGUGAAGUGGAAUUCGGAAACAGAUGGCAUUGGGUCUCAUUCUCCUCCAUCACCGACUGUGGGCUUGGGCAGAGCAAGCAUUGAGAUUCAAAAGCCUACAAGCUCCAAACACUCUGAUACUUCCGUGCCUAACAGAAUGCUUUGUGGAAGCUUGUAUUCUUUCGACUCAAGAAAUAACGCCUCUUUGGGAACGCUUCGGCACGUCCGUUCCCAGGAAUCGCGUCCCAAUGUAAUUAAAGAUGGUGAAUCCAUCACCAUAUCCUCGGAUUCUGACGGCUCUGAGUCGGCCACAGACUCUAAGCAGAACCAGUCUCGCCGACAAAAAUGCGGCUGUAUUCAUAUUCUGGAGAUUAAUGUGUUUAAUUUUUUUUUUGUUUUCAGUGCUAGCAAUCCUGUGAUAUCUGAACAAGUCAUGUAUCCUCAUUCUCUUGUGAAUGUUACCAAUCAGCAUCUCACUAACACACCCGCAUUUACCGAUGAAAUAAUGAUCCUCUCUUCCUCCUCUUCUUCCCCGGAAAAAACUUUUUCUAAUUCCAUUGUUCAACGGCAAAAGGUCGAACUCUUUGCUUCUGGUGAAGGAACUAGUAAAGGGGUCAACAAUGAUGGGUUGCUGAGUGCUUUAAAUAUGACCAAAGGAGAAGGCAAAUACAAAAUUGGUAUUGGUCCUUCUACUUCAACUGAAAAGGAUCACUCCAGCUUCACCGUUGGGUGUGCUGGUACAGCUUCUGAUUCUGACGACGAAAAAGUUUUCAAGUCGGAGGAAAGCAAGCCAACGAGGAUAAAGUGGAAAGAAGAUGUAGAUGCUCUUAAUUACGAAAAUAAACGCGAAGUCACUCCUGAUUUUUCCAUCGGAUGUAAUAGAGUUAAACCGGUUGCUCGACGUCGGAGGAUAACUUCUUCUGGUUCUGACGAUGAAGGCAAUGAGAUGGCCGAUAAUAAAUUUAUGGUGUCUCGAGAAGGCGGGGAGAUAAAUAUGAAUCAAAAAAACGAAUGCGAAGUCAUUUCUCAACCUACCACUGAAAAUAGUAAGAAGAGACCCACAUUGCGACGUCGGAACAUCGGUUCUUCAGGUUCUGAUGAGGAAACGAUAAAAAAGGCGGGUGGAGGCGGGUCCGCGGAAAUUGGACGUGGAGAUGACGAGGUGGAAGUCGAUAAAUCGAGAAAACGUGGGCGCUCUAUGAAACAUCGUUUGCGUCGGCAUCGAAGGUCUUCAAGUGCUAGUAGCACUAGUAGUGGCAAUACUCACAGUAGUCUCUCAGAUAAUCAUCCUGGUGAGUCUGAUGGGAUCAAGAAAGGAAGAAGGGGUAGAAACAAAAAAGAUGCUUGGGAAAAAACGAAAAGAGAUGUUUGUGAAGAGAAAGAAGAAGAGGCAGUGGAGGAGGGUGAUGAUGUUGACGACAAGGAUGGUAAAAGAGGAAGGAAGAAAAUCAGGAAAAUUUUGAAGGAUAAAAAGCUCUCCUCUGAAACCAAAAAUGCAGAAGCUCUUGAACGUGAGAGGCGAAAACGUCUUGAAGAACGGCAGAGAUUGUACAACAGCGUGCUGGACGAUACGGACGAAGCAUCUGCAUCAAAGAAUUCGCGCCUGAUUCUCGAUUUCCGGAAGGAUUCUGAGGAGCCUCUUGUCGAAGUACAUCCAGAUCUUGUUAAGCAUCUGAAACCCCACCAAGUGCAAGCCGUGCGUUUCCUUUACGACAACAUAAUUGAGUCUGUGGAGGAGCACAAGGAGAACAGAAGUAGGCUUAGUGGCGCCAUCUUAGCGCAUUGUAUGGGGCUGGGUAAAUCGCUUUCUACAAUUACCUUCAUCCACACCUUACUGAUGCACAAGGAAAUUGGUCUGGGAAUAAGCACGUGUCUCAUUCUCUGUCCGGUGAACACCCUUCUUAACUGGCACCGGGAAUGGCGGCACUGGAUGCCAGAGAAUGCAGAAGUCAAUGUCUAUGAGCUGGCAACGGCGGUCGCCAACAAUUUCCGUAUCGAUGUCAUUCGUCAUUGGUACUCUGAGGGUGGAAUCCUUCUGAUGGGCUAUGAUAUGUACCGCAAUAUCACUACCUCGUUGCUCAAAAAGACACGUAAGCAGGCCUAUAAGAAGCUCAUUCCGACUGCUCUCAUCGACCCAGGACCGGAUGUUGUGGUCUGCGAUGAGGGGCACCUACUGAAAAACUGCAAAACUGGUGUCACCAAAGCAAUAAACAACCUCAAAACACCAAAACGAGUCAUCCUCACUGGCACUCCACUACAGAACAACCUUUCUGAGUACUGGACAAUGGUAAACUUUGUGAAACCGAAUCUGCUGGGAUCUGCUAGAGAAUUCGCCAACCGUUUCGUGAAUCCAAUCAAAAAUGGUCAGCAUUCGAACUCCACUCAACGUGAUGUUCAGCUUAUGAAGAAACGCGCCCAUGUUCUCUUUAAAACUCUUGACGGAUGUGUACAGCGGAGAGACUACGGCUGUCUAACUCAAUAUCUCCCACCCCGCUUGGAAUAUGUUUUGAAAAUUCGCCUCUCCAAAGUGCAGUGCGAAUUAUAUCGGGCUUUCCUGCAGCACCGCAUAGAAAGGGGUGUCUCAGGUUCAGGGGACGACCAACGAAAUACACUUUUCCGUGAUCAGCAAACCCUUUACCGGGUUUGGACCCAUCCCUACACCCUCCGGAUGCACGAGACCCGCGAGGCUAGGAGGCUUCUCUUAGAAGAUUCGACGAGUGAGGGUGAAGAAAAGGUGGACGAGGAUGAAAGCAGCACCAGUGUUUCUGAGUUGGAAACCGAUUCUGGUAGAACCAUCAAUUCUGGAUCCGAUUCCGUAUCUUCCAGUUCAGACGUUGUUGCGACCAAGGCUACUUCGACGUCUUCUCGUUCAACACGAGCACGACUCCGCCAAAUGCGAAGAAACGCGAGUGUAGUGGACAUCUCUGAUAGUGAAGACGAGGCUAACCAGCGAGCAUUGACGAACGUAGAGCAGGGAACGAGGCACGAGAAUCAGACUAAUGGCAACUCAAAUAACGAGAGUGAAAGCGACCUGCUGAAGCCUUGGUGGUACGCCUUCUAUCGAGACGAAUACGAUCUGCGUAUCGAUGUGGGUGCCAAGUUGAGUGCUCUCUUCUUCAUUCUCAAAAAGUGCUCCGAAAUCGGUGAUAAAGUCCUUAUCUUCUCACAAAGUCUGUUCUCUCUUGAUCUUAUCGAAUGGUUCCUUGCAGCUAUCGACAGGCAGUGGUGCAUGUCCCAGGGUCUGGAAGUGGAUACAAAUUCAAAGCAAUCACAAGAUUUGGACAAGCUUCUUCAAUCAGAGACAUUUGAGAUGCCUUCUUUGGUUGACUACUUCUCAGACAUGGAUCAAAAUACUUGGAGACGUGGUCACGACUACGAAAGAAUCGAUGGGAGUCUUUCAGCGGUCCAGCGAAACUCUCUACAGACGCGAUUUAAUGGCCCCAGCCAGCGUUUUCGUUUGUUGAUCAUCUCGACUAAAGCGGGUGGUUUGGGUGUAAAUCUGACCGCAGCGAAUCGUUUGGUCAUUUUUGAUGUGUCCUGGAAUCCCAGCCACGAUGUGCAGUCCAUAUUUAGAAGCUAUCGAUUUGGCCAGACCAAGCCAGUUUAUAUCUAUCGCAUGGUUGCGCAAGGCACAAUGGAAGAAAAGAUGUAUGAUCGUCAAGUGACGAAGCAAUCUCUUGCGCUGCGUGUUAUCGACGAACAGCAGAUUGAUAGGCACUUCAAAGAGGAAGACUUAAGAGAGCUCUACAGCUUCGAUCCAGAUGUGUGGGACGCUGAAACAGCAGAGAAAAGACCUCCACCAGCUCUGCCCAAGGAUCGUCUACUCGCCGAUCUUCUCUCAGACCAUCCAGACCUUGUGGUCAGCUACCAUAACCACGAUUCCUUGCUGGAGAACCGGCUAGACGAAGGCCUAUCUGAGGCCGAACGGGCCGAGGCUUGGCGCGAGUAUGAGGAGGAAAAGCGUGUGGGACGCCCAAUGACUGAUUACCAACGACUGCUUCUCAACAAUCCAGAAGCUGCUGCGGCGUUGAUGGCUCAGCGUCAACGUAUUGAGGAGGAGCAGCGUCAGCGUAUGAUGGCCAUGGCUGCUGCUUACGCCGCCGCUACUGCUGGCAAUCGGUUGCCCUAUGCAUCGAUUAACCCCAGUCCUCUCGGGCUCAUUGACUCCAUGUAUACCACUGUUCCAGCUCAUAAUCUUCCUUCUCAUCGACCAGAGUCCUCUGGUUCUAGGCCACAGCCACAACAACAGCGAGAGGCUUUGCGUCCAAUUGCUCCCAGGUUGGGGGCUCUGAAUCCUCAAUUACGUAAACGAGGUAACCUGAGUCUGCACUUAAAAGUAAGAAACACACUGGCCGCUAUCUGGGUCGUGAUGCAAUACAUCUACAUUUCAGAUGUCUUUUGGGAAUCCUUCAAUGCGAUGCGCAACAUGCUCUUGACACGUUAUCCGAUGCUGGCGCGGUCUCCAAGCACACUUCAUGAUAUGGCUCUGCGUCUCUUCGUAAACAGCGUGACUGGUAACGUGACCGCCCAAAACACGCUGGCCAACUCGGACACCGCGACACUGCCUCCAUCGUCGGUGCCCUCUUCUUCUGUCUCUGCGUCCUCAAACCCUGUGGUGGCGCCCAAUCCCGUUCCCAACUGCUCUGAAUCCGUACCCCCCAUGUCAGUCAUCACGAGCACCCCUUUGGUCGUGGACGUCGACAACGAGUCCUCAAAUGAUGACUCCUAA